CGUACUACAAUCACUCUGUUCGUCGGUACAGCCGUGUAAAAGAAAGCUCGCCGUGUGCCUUUCGUUAUCUAGGCUCUAUUAGUGUCCUCAAUUCAGUUCAGAAAUUGAGAAUACAGCACGAUGGAUGAUACCAAUUCACCGGGAGGAUGGGGCAUGACUGUUGCCCUGGGGUGUGGCAUUAUCUUACUCGUAUACAUAUACAACAGCUGGUGGGUACGUCGACUGAGAAAAGAGGGAGUUCCUGGACCUCGAGGUUUACCUAUCCUAGGGUGUAUCCCUCAUAUAAUCCGGAACGGCGUCCAGGAGUCUGAGGAUGGCUGGCUAAAACAAUACGGUGAUGUAGUUGGAUGGGCUAGUGGCCAACAACUUAAUGUUGUGAUCAAGGAUCCCACUUUACUAAAGGAGGUUUUUGUCAAAGAUUUCUCCCACUUCACCGGCAGAGGCUUCAAUAUCAGUGGACAUCCAAUUAUGUCCAAACACGUGUUUGCUGCCGAAGGAAAGGCCUGGAAACGCAUCCGAGCCAUAUUAUCCCCUACGUUCAGUACAGGAAAGAUGAAACUGAUGAAUGAGGAUAUCAACCGAUGCUCCAAGACACUCGCGGCUAAUCUAGAAGACGCAGCCAGGACCGGGAAGGUCAUCAAUCCUAAAGAGUAUUUUGGAGCCUUCACCAUGGACGUGAUAGCUGCGACAGCCUUUAGCCUUGAUGUUGAUUCACAGACCAACAAAGACGACCCGUUGGUCAGGAAUGCCAAGGGACUUUUUGUUCCAAGGAAGAGUUUUCUCUAUAUUUUUUCACUCAGCACUAUUUUCCCGCCGUUUAAAUACCUGUUUAGUUGGUUACAAAUGGGAUUUUUCUCCGGUGAAGUUAUAGAAUUUUUCAUCCGGACGGUGAAGACGAUGUUGAAAGAUCGGCGUCAAACCCCUAGUGCAAGAGCAGACUUUCUACAACUUAUGAUGAACGCUGAAUUGGAAAACACUACAGAUAACAGCGAUCUCAUAGAUAUGAAUAAAACACUAUCGACGGAGGAGAUAAUCGCAUCAUCUGUUUUGUUUUUUGUCGCUGGCUACGAAACUACGGCUACACUUUUACAAUUCUCUGGAUAUGAGCUGGCAGUGAAUCCGGAAAUACAAGAGCGCAUGCUUGAGGAAAUACAAAACGCUCUAGGUGAUGCACAGCCUGUGUACGAAAAUAUCCGCCAGCUGACCUACAUGGACCAGGUUUUCUACGAGGUUCUCCGGAAGUACCCUCCUGUCAACAGGUUAUCAAGGUCAGCCUCAGAAGAUCGGGUCAUCAAUGGCAUCACCGUAAGGAAAGGAUACCGAAUUGUCAUUCCAGUGUCUAAUAUACAUCACGACCCAAAGUUUUACCCGGAACCGGAAGCGUUCAAACCGGAAAGAUUUGCCGACAGGGCUGCUCAGAACAGCGUGACAUUUCUCUCGUUUGGAUUUGGUCCUCGACUCUGUCUAGGAUUGCGACUAGCUAUGAUGGAGGCGAAGAUCGCCAUGGUUCACAUUCUGAGGAAUGUCAAAUUUGUCACAUGCGCAGAUACUCAGAUCCCGCUACAGAUCUCCAGCAGACCCGGACUUACUCAGCCAAAGCAAACCAUAUCUUUGAUGGUGGAGUCAAGGAAUUGAGCAUUAUCGUUAUAUUUUUUUAAACCACGUAACUUUAAUUUUUACGGAACUGUGGCAAAUGUAAACGGUGCUCUACAUGGCAAGUGCCGUGGUGUUCAGAAGUUUGAAUGAUGGUCUUAACGAUUUAAAAAGUAUGGACAAAAAGAAAAGACAAAAGAAGACGAAACAAACAAACAAACGAAAGAAUAAAUGAACAUUAGUUUAAAGCUUGACUAAAAAAACUAGUAACCAGUACUAUGGUAUUUUGUGCUUGAUAAAAAUUAAGUAUAUAUGGAAUUGCUAAUGGUACGGCCUUUUUUUUUUUUAGCUCACCUGGUCCGAAGGGCCGGUGAGCUUAUGCAAUGGUGCAGCGUCCGUCGUCCGUCAGGCCGUCAACAUUUCCUUUAAAUCCCUCAAGUUUAGGUAAAUUUUAUUUUACGUCGAUAUAUUAGAACAUGACAACACAAGCUCGUUUGGUGAGCUUUUAAAUCGACAUAAUAAAUAAAAACAUGCAUAAGGCAAGUGUUUACAUUAAUAUAGCAAGAUAUGUUCAUGCUGUAAUAUUACAUACAGAAAGAGGUAUACAAUGGUUGCAUACAGUACGCCAAAUAUUAAGGUAGUGUGACAUCUUGUUGAUAUAGUAUGAGUAGGGUCUGUUUUGUUUCUAUUUAUACUAACAAGAAGCAGACGCCCGUGCACAGAUCCUCCGUAUGUGACAUUUUCUUUCAAAAGCUUGAUCGAUCGGUGUACGGCAAUUUAUAAGCUAGAUUAACCUGCCACACAUCUGGUCAUUUUAUUUGUUGUUAUAACGUAAUGGGUUAAAGCUUUAACUUGGUUCAACAUGCACCUAUAUUACAUUUGGAUCUUAUUUAGUGUAAUGUUGGUGUGAGGGACAUUUUAAACGUGCGGUAUAAUACAGUAUCGUUGCCUGUUGAUGGUAUGACCUGCAUUUAGCGGUACCAGACAUCAUGUUGCCAUGUUAUAAGCUUAAAUAGACAUGUUUUGAAAGAAAGGCUCUAUGGCAUGCAUUCAUAAUAGGCCUGACGUAGAUACAAUUUAUACUCCGAAAAAGAGAAAAAUUCACGUGUGUCUGACCGCGUCGACACUGCAGUUUGGCUUCGUUUCCGAUAUACAGGUACGCACAUUGGUGAUGGUCGAGAUACCCUUACAUGGUCACAGUGACAAGUCGUCUGAUAGAUAAUGUGAAUACAUGGAUCGCAAUGUAUAUAUAUACAUAGAUGCGAAUUGUAUACAAACGAAGGUCGAUUGAUAUGCUGUGAGCCUCGUAUUGAGGGAGGUACUCAAGGAUGUUCUUUUUAUGUCCUACUGUUCUCUUAUUAUAUACGGCCGUGUACCCAUUGACUGGUCUCGUUUGGUUAGUUAUAUCGACGAGGAAGCACUCUAAAGUAAACAAGACAAGCCACUUUUGCAAAAUGGACAAAAUGGGUUAGGGUUAGGGUAAAAGAGUCUGCCAUUGCAAUGGCCGCCAUUCACUAUUGUAGCUUUAAAUUGAUUGAGCAUCCGCCUUAUUCACCUGAUAUCGCUCCAUCAGACUUUCAUCUUUUUCCAAAACUAAAAACAGCUACUAAAAUCUUAACAUGGAGUGGAUGACUUUCUGAACAGCCAAGAAAAGGAACUCUAUAUAAAAGUGGCAUUGAGGCCCUUAAACACUGCUGGCAAAAGUGUAUAGAUACUGAAGGGGAUAUUACAUGUAUGUUGAAAAAUAAUACAUGUCCAGCAAAAUUCAAAUCCUUCAAAACGAGGCUCACAGCCGAUCAAUCACCCCUCGUAUUAUAAAUACUAUGAUAUACAAUAAAACGUAUAUUCCCGAAA